GACUAUAAAAGUCCUCUGCUACCUUAGUUCAUUCACAACGACACUCUGGAUUAACAAAGCCUUUAAAGUAGAGAAGCUCCUUCUUCGGGCUCCUCGGACGAGACAGUUUGGGAAGCGGUGGGUUCCACUAAACCUCCCCGACGUAAACAAUGAAAAUGUCAGCGGCGGAGAUCUGCCAGAUCCUCAAGGAGGGAGAGCUGGAAAAGAGGAGCGACAACCUGCUCCAGUUCUGGAAGAGGAAGACGUGCGUCCUGACCACGGACAGCCUCAACAUUUACGCCGACACGCAGAAGCGCUCCAAGGGCAAGGAGCUCAAGCUGCAGUCCAUCAAGAAGGUGGACUGCGUGGAGCGCACCGGCAAGUUCGUCUAUUUCACCAUCGUAACCACAGACAAUAAGGAGAUCGAUUUCCGGUGCUCCGGGGAGGAGAACUGCUGGAACGCGGUGAUCACCAUGGCCCUGAUUGAUUACCAGAACAGAAAGGCCAUUCAGGACUUUAAAACGCGGCAGGACAACGAGAGCGCGUCGCCCGGACAGCAGGAGAGACGCAUGGCGAGGGCGCCCUGAGCCGCUGUGGGGACUCUGGCAGUUAACCACUCCUAAUAUGAUCUCUUUUUAGUGUCAAAGUGGACCAUACUGAAAUAAUACACGGACCAAAAAGGAAGACGAGGUCAUCCGGUCCAGAGAUGAAGGAUUGUUCGGGACUGAGCUCUCGGGAGAGAGAAGGGGACAUCUGAUCUAAACCGACAGACGGAGAGGUUUCCAGAAGCUCCACAUACAGGACUGAACCCUUGAAUUGUCAAAACUAUUUCAAGUCUGCUCUCCUGGGAGGAAUGACUCCUAAAACCAUGAUGUUAAUUUAUUUGUUUCCAGAUAUGAUAUGUGUCAAUACUGGCAAACGCAUUGUGUUGUUUAAAUUAUUCACUAUUUCAAUGUGUGUUUGAGUGUGUAUUUAUUUGAAUAAA